AUGUUGGGUCGUCAAGAAGAUAAAUUAUGUGGAAUUUUCUCUGCUUUGGCGGCUUUGUCCUUCGUAUGCUUUGUUCAAAGCUCCUCCACUGGAAGCACCGGAAUGUCUGUGGCCAAGACCACCGUGGACAAGUUGCUGAAAGGAUAUGACAUCCGUUUAAGGCCUGAUUUUGGAGGUCCUCCAGUCAUCGUAGGAAUGAGCAUCAACAUAGCGAGCAUCGACUCCAUCUCAGAAGUAAACAUGGACUACACCAUCACAAUGUAUUUCCAGCAGAGCUGGCGAGAUAAGCGUUUGGCCUAUGGUGAGCUGAACCUAAACCUGACUCUGGAUAACCGUGUAGCAGACCAGCUUUGGCUCCCUGACACCUACUUCCUUAAUGACAAGAAGUCCUUUCUUCACGGCGUGACAGUAAAAAACCGUAUGAUCCGACUGCACCCUGAUGGCACUGUCUUAUACGGGCUGAGAAUAACCACCACUGCAGCUUGCAUGAUGGACUUGAGGAGGUACCCCCUUGAUGAACAGAACUGCACCCUGGAAAUUGAAAGCUACGGAUAUACCACAGAUGACAUCGUAUUCUUCUGGCAAGGAGGAGACAAUGCUGUGACGGGCGUUGACAAAUUAGAGUUACCUCAGUUCUCCAUUGUAGACAUCCGCUUGGUGUCCAGGGAGGUCAGGUUUACUACAGGUUCAUAUCCAAGGCUUUCGCUGAGUUUCAGGAUUAAGAGGAACAUUGGAUAUUUCAUCCUGCAGACAUAUAUGCCCUCCAUCUUGAUCACCAUCCUCUCCUGGGUCUCCUUCUGGAUCAAUUAUGAUGCCUCUGCAGCUCGGGUGGCCCUGGGUGUGACAACGGUGCUUACCAUGACAACAAUUAACACCCACCUUAGGGAGACUCUCCCAAAGAUUCCGUAUGUGAAAGCCAUCGACGUCUACCUCAUGGGCUGUUUUGUGUUUGUGUUCCUGGCCCUGCUUGAAUAUGCCUUUGUAAAUUACGUGUUCUUUGGCCGGGGCCCUGCGCAACAGAAGAAAAUCAAUGAGAGGCUGAACAAAACCAACAACGAGCGCACAAGAUACGAAGAGAAGCGCCUGAGGGAACAGGACUCCAUUUCCGUGCCGUUUCAAACCAACACCUUCAGGUCAUUUACACAGCGAAGAAAUCUGUAUCUCGAGGAACAAAGAAAAGUUGGGGUGGAUGCUUACGGAAACAUCCUCCUCACCACACUGGAGAUGAACAACGAAGUGAUGCCUUCUGACGUGGGGAGCAGCGUCAGUGACUCUCGGAAUUCGGUCAUGUCCUUCGACAGCUCCGGGGUCCAAUUCAGGAAGCCCAUGGCGCCCCGAGAUGGCUUUAGCCACCACUCACUGGAUCGGAGCGCCAUGCGGAGCCGGGCCAACUGUCGGCUACGACGACGCUCCUCCAAGCUCAAGUUGAAAAUCCCAAACCUGUCAGAUGUUAGCACCAUUGACAAGUGGUCCCGGGUCAUUUUUCCCAUCACCUUUGGAUUUUUCAACCUAAUCUACUGGUUGUACUAUGUGAAUUGA